GGUCCACCUUGCGGUGGGCCUGAGCUGCACCACAGCUGCUGCAGCUAGAAGUGCAGGGGGAGGUAUCCGCCUCCUAGUCUUGUUCGUAGGACUCUUCCAAUAUAUAACGCAGCCGUGUCGUUCAGAGCGCACAGUCCAACCACACAGCUCGUCCUCUCAGCAGUCAUGGAGCCUCAGGUCGCCGUCGCCCAGCCGGCCUACGCCGCCUACGCGCCGCAGGCCCUGGCCGUGGCCGCGCCUGUCGUGCAGAAGGUGGUCGCCCCCUACGCCCAGCAGGCCGUCGCGGUGGCGGCUCCCGUCGUGCAAAAGGUGCUGGCGCCCGAGCCGUACGACCCCAACCCGCAGUACCAGUUCUCGUACGGCGUGCAAGACGCGCACACGGGUGACGUUAAGUCCCAGGUGGAGUCGCGCAGCGGGGACGUGGUGAAGGGCCAGUACUCGCUCAUCGAGGCUGACGGCACACGCCGGGUCGUGGACUACGUCGCCGACCCCGUGAACGGCUUCAACGCCGUGGUGCGCCGCGAGGGCGCGGUCCAGAAGGUGGCCGUCGCCGCCGCCCCAGCCCUGGUGGCCUCCCCCCACUACUAGAGCUGGCUCCAACGACUGACGAAGAAUCGAUGGAAUGACACUCGCUCAACUGUUAAUGUUAUUUGUGUACAAAUAAAUUAUUUUCUUAAUUACCUGCAAAAAAAGAACUUUC